UUUCACAAGUUUUGACCUUUUCUGUCCAUCUCUAACAAGAGCCAAAGCCUUAAAUAAACUAGACUCAUUCAUUCCGUGGUUCACGAGUAUACUCACCCUUUCAUAUUCUAAUUCUCUUCUUUUCCUGCAAAAUUGUCUCUAUAGUCACCAAAAACUCCUCCAACAAACUCUUAAAUACAACACAACAAACCCCUUUCAUUCAGAAUCUCUUCCUCCACAGUUACCAGCCAACGGUUAGUUAUCAUUCUACAACGCAUUCUUUACCUUCUUCUUCUUCAUCUUCUUCAAGUUUCUGUUACAUGGUUUAAACUUUUCAUCUUUUUUUUUCUUCAGAGAGAUAAGAAGUUACCUACCAUGAGAUCCAAUCAACCUUUCUACGAUAUGGCCAUGCCUAUGCAGCCUUCAACAAUGUAUGAAUCUUUCUCACCUUUUCAUCAAUUUCCUUUCUAUCAACAAAUCUCAACCUAUAAACCUGAUUCUACUCUUACCUUCCAUAUUCACGAUUCUAGGAAACGACUCAGAAACUCCACAACCGAAUCAAACACUCUUCAACCUCAACCUCAACCACAACAGAAAUUUCAACUCCCAAAUCAAUCAAAUUUUCUUGACCAAUCCAUUCUCCAUCUUCACAAUUCACAGCAAUCCGAAAUCAACUCUUUAAUCGCACAACAUACGGAGAAUUUGCGAACGGAAAUACACAAGCUAACAAUGAAGCAAGCAAGAAUGCUACAGUGCGUGAUCCACGAUUCAAUGGUGAAGAAACUGAAGCAGAAAGACGAAGCGAUCGAGGACCUUGCAAACGUGCAGUUAAUGCUUCAAGAAAGAGUGAAAACGUUAAUAUCGGAGAAUCAGAUUUGGAGGGAGAUGGCGAUGACGAACGAAACUACUGUAAAUUCGUUACGUAUCGAAUUGGAAAAAGUGAUGCAAGAUAGCGAGAGCCACCAGCAGCGUAACGGUUGCGAUGAUGCGGAAGAAGCGGAAUCUAGUUGCAGGAGUAACUGCCACGUGGAGGUUGAGAAAAAAGUGGCGGGAAAAUGGAUGUGCAAGCAAUGUGGGGUAAAUAGGUCAGAAUUGCUUUUACUUCCUUGUAGGCAUUUGUGUCUGUGUACAGUUUGUGGGUCCGGGAUUCUCAAUUGCCCUCUUUGUGCUUCUGCUGUUAAUGCUAGUGUUCAGGUUAAUUUCUGUUAAUGACUUUAUUCAAUAUACUUUAGUAUCAACUUUUUUUGUUAGGGAAACUUUGAAUUUUGAAUUCAUGAUUUUGAUUUUGUAGUCUUUUAUUUUGAUUCAUUGAUGCAAUUUAAUUACUUAAUAACCGGUGCCAGCAAAUAUUAGCAUAAAUAAUGGUUAAAAAUGGAUUAGCAUAAAAUUGUUGAAAUUGGAUUUGGUAAAAACGGUUGUGGUGAGUUGUUUAUUAAAAAAAAAAACGGUUAUUGUUAUUUAUUGAUGAUUUAUUCAUAACUCCACCGAAAUAUUUGAUACGGUAUUUGUUAUUAUUUGUUGUUGAUUUACUUAGAUUUUGUCCUAUUCAAAAUUGAUAGGCUUACAUUGAAGCAUAAUGCUCGGAAAAAGUUGAAUUUGGUAUUUUAUUUUAUUACCAUUCAAAAAUGGAUACGGAAAAUUUGAACUUAUAUUUACCGUUUAAUAUUUCUAUAUAAUUAUAUUUGAACUUAUAUUUGGUGUGUUAGUUCAUUUAGAAUAAAAAUUUAAGCAUUAUAGUAAAGGAGAAGAGUGAUAUUUUUAUAGAAAAAAUGUAGGAGAAUAAUAGUGAUGCAGUAAAAAAGUUAGAUAGAAUGGGAAACAAAAACAAAGCAGGAAGCAAGAGAGACGUGUCUCCCACUUUAGGAAGAGAAAGAAGAGAGGAUCCUUAUUGUCCAAUGGAAUAAAGGGUGGAGGAUAUGAAUGAAAAGGGAACAAGAGAGCAGAAGAGGUGAUAGGAAAAGAAAUGGCUAUGAAGAGGCAUGAGGCAUCCAUUGAGGAAACGGGUGUGAUAGUGAUGAGUGGUUUUCCUUUUGUUUGUUUUCAUAAUGAAAAGUGUUUAAAGUUGAGUUGGGACAGACCUAAAAUCCUCGUAAAGUGAAAGCAAAACAUAGGAAAAAGAAAACUCAACAUAAGUCUGUGUUGAUUGUUGCAGAUUGGUGAGAUGUGUAAACAUCAUAACACGAGCAUCGAUGGAUAAAAAGUUUUUAAUGCCCAUACUAGUAAGCUAUCGCACCGUUUUGUUUCUUGUGCCGCUGCGCCCAUUAAAGGGAUGCUUUCUCCGCUUGCGUCUUUCUUUUUGCUAGUACUAGUCUCUGUCGUUUUUGGAUUUUUUUUCUUUUCAUAAUCCACACGGUUUGAUAAUUUUUCAUAUUCCACACGGUUUUAUUAUCAGUGCGCAAUACUUUUGAAAAAAUAGUACUGUAACAGUUUAUUGAUUUUAAUCCUAAAGUUAAUUAAUUGAAAAUUUAAAUAGGUUAACACUUACCAUAUACUCUGUUCUUAAAUAUAUCAC